AUGAGUGAUACCAGGUAUUGGUCGAAGGAAUUUACACUACAAUUUAUAGAGCUGUAUAAACAGUAUCCUUGUCUUUGGAAAAUAAAAAGUAAGGACUACAUAAACAAAAACUUGAAAAGAGAAGCUUAUGAUGAACUUACCAAAUUUUGCAAAACAACAAUCCCUGAAGCUAAUAAAGAUUUUGUCAUAAAAAAAAUCCAAAGUUUUAGGGGUUCUUUUAGGAAAGAACUAAAAAAAGUUGUCGACUCAAAGAGAUCUGGAGCCUCACUCGACGAUGUAUAUGUUCCUACACUCUGGUAUUAUGAUCAUUUAGUUUUUACUAUUGAUCAGGAGCUACCAACAGAAAGCAUCUGUAAUUUGAUGAAUACUGUAAAUUCUGUUGAAAAUGACGAUGAUGAGGCCUCACAACAAGUAUUAGAAUCUGAUAAUAUUGAAAUAUUGGACAAGGUAAAUAAAAAAAUAUCAUAUUUUUUGACAAUUGUCAGUGUUAAAAUAUAA